AUGAAUAAUACUGCAGCCAGUCCAAUGUCUACUGCCACUUCAAGUAGUGGAAGAAGUACAGGAAAGUCUACAAGCUUUGCCUCAGAAUUGCAGAGUAUGCUGUUUUCUUUAGGUGAUUCUAGGAGGCCUCUUCAUGAAACAGCAGUUUUGGUAGAAGAUGUGGUACACACUCAGUUAAUUAAUCUGUUACACCAAGCUGCUGAAGUCUCUCAGCUCCGGGGAGCAAGGGUAAUAUCUCCUGAAGAUCUUCUGUUUUUGAUGCGCAAAGAUAAGAAAAAACUUAGAAGACUGUUAAAAUACAUGUUUUUCCGAGACUACAAAUCAAAGAUUGUCAAAGGCAUAGACGAGGAUGAUCUCCUUGAAGACAAAUUGAGUGGCAGUAAUAAUGCAAACAAAAGACAGAAAAUCGCGCAAGACUUUCUCAACUCUAUUGACCAAACAGGAGAACUCUUGGCAAUGUUUGAAGAUGAUGAAAUUGAUGAAGUUAAACAAGAAAGAAUGGAGAGAGCAGAAAGACAAACUCGAAUUAUGGAUUCAGCCCAAUAUGCAGAAUUCUGUGAAAGUCGACAAUUGAGUUUCUCCAAAAAAGCCUCCAAAUUUCGGGACUGGUUGGACUGUAGCAGUAUGGAGAUAAAACCCGAUGUUAUGGCUAUGGAAAUUUUGGCAUAUUUAGCGUAUGAAACUGUGGCACAGUUAGUAGAUCUGGCUCUUCUUGUGAGACAGGACAUGGUAACCAAGGCGGGAGACCCAUUCAGCCAUGCUAUUUCGGCGACCUUCAUUCAGUAUCACAGCUCUGCUGAGAGCACUGCGGCCUGUGGUGUUGAGGCUCACAGCGAUGCCAUCCAGCCCUGCCACAUCAGAGAGGCCAUUCGGCGCUACGGCCACAAGAUUGGCCCCCUUUCCCCAUUCACAAGUGCCUACCGCAGGGCCGGGAUGGCCUUCCUGGCCUGCUGA